AUGGUGAAACCUUGUUUGUUCUUGUUGAAUUNAGAUAAGAUAUCAAGACAGGAGAGAAAUGCUUUGAGAAAAGAGAGAGAGAGUCUGCGACAAGCAAAACAGAGUGCUUAUGUACGAGAAUUGAUGAAUGAUCUGGAAGGAAGACCUGAAGAGAUCACAGAAACUGUAGGACCCGAAAGUAGGGAAUUGACGAAGUAUAUAGCAAAGAUGGAAGAACGUGCACAACAAGAGGAGGAACAUUUCACACGUGCUCCACUGACGAAAUCAGAGAAAAAGACAAUGAAACAUUUGAAGAAGUCUAGAAAUGGGUUACUUGGUCUGACAGAAAGUUUCUAUGAUGAAAUUAAAAGUUUACCUUUGGGGGACAGCUUAACCGAGCAAACAACUGCCUUUGACAUUGGUAGCCAUGGAGAUAGAAAAUUUAAGAGGCGCAAGAGGAAACAUUGAGUGACAGCAACCUAAUCCAAGUGAAUUUAGAAACCAAAUGACACUUGAUUACCAUGUCUUCUCGAGCAAAGUUGUUAAAGUUCAUUUGGAUCACUCAGAAUACAGCUUCACUGGAGAAACAGAACCAUCUUUUAUGGCACUUGAAUGAAGGCUUGUAUACAGAAGGUAUCAUCAUAUUACCGUCUUUUGAAAGUAGUUUCAUGUCGAGAAAAUUAACUGAUUGUAGAGAGUUAUUCUCUAAAGAAACGUGCCAUAUAAGGAAUGCCCCAUUGAGUACAAAAUUUAUUUCGUUUGGUCA